AUGAUUCUAAUGUUGGUUUGUGCUGUUUUAAUUGUGUUUUGGCGAGACCCAUCAUGUGAGAAGCUCUAUUUUGGUGCUGCCCAGGUAUUUGUAGGACGCAAAUUUGCCGAAGAUGACACGGCAUUGCCUUGUGAUGUGUAUGACACCUUUCUUGGCCACAUGUUUGCUUCGUGUGAUAUCCGAAGGUUUGAUGCCAUUGAAAGGCCUUCUCAUCAAGAUGAGUAUUGGCAUCAUCACCUUCCAUGCAUUUGGGGUGUUAUCAAUUUGGAAAUACUGAUCGCACUUCAUGAGCCAUCCAAGAACAUUCCCUCUCUGAAAUCUUGGAAAUUCUAUCUUGGUAAAUCUAGUAGGAGUGCGAACAAGUUCUGCGAUUUGGGUAGUAAGAGCUUUGAUAUGAUUUUUAACAAUAGUGAUGGGCAUAGAAGGGAGGAAAUAAUGGCUCUGGAUACCACUGUUAGGAUAAAGAGAGACAGAGAGAGAAUACGAGAGAUAGAGAGGCAAAGGCUAGAUGUGGAAAGAUUUUCAGACAGGCAAAAGACUGUGUUUACUCGCGAUUCUCUUUCACAAGUUUUAGAGUUCAAAGAUUUCCCUAAGGAGUUGACUCAAGGUGCAGCAAGACGUAUGUCAAAGCGGAAAAAUUUCCGGUGGAACCCAGAGUCAGAUUUGAAGGCACUAGAUUUCUUUGAACAGCUUGAGAAAAAGGCCCAGGGCCAGGAAGAUAAAGGUGAAAAGGAAAAGAAAGAAGGGGAAAACGAAGAAGAUGAUGAAAAUGCAGAAAAUGAGGAGGGCGAGGAAGAACUUAGUGAUGAUGACUACAAUCAGAAUGAAUAUUUUGACGAUGAUGAAGAUGAUUACAAUGAUGUGGAUGACGGGGAAGAUGAAGGCGUCUACUAAUAAUCUAUGGAGAAUGAUUUUCUGCCCCCGAUUUGGAGCAGAAAAUAUUGAACACUGGUUCUACCGGGCCUGCGGGCAUGCAGUUUAGAGUCAGCACUUCAGAUGGGGCGGGCAUAUUUGGGCCAGGCUGUAAAAUACAUAAACAUAUAAAGCUCAUAUACUUUAGGCUUUUGGGUUUGCCCAGUUGAAUAUUAUUUUAUUUUUUAACAAAUUUCAAUUUUUAUUAUAGAAAAUUAAAGUUUUUCAAUCAACAUAAUAUAGCAUCUUUUUUCCCCUA